AUGUUGACUUCAUUGAUGGUUGAACUUCGGCUCAGUUUUGACACCCAUGCCGAUGGGCUGAUAAGACGAAGCGAUGGGACGAUCGCGGGGCUUCCUCAGUCCGGUUACCUCAUGUUCCGGGGCACGUCAACUGCUGGAGGUGUUCACGGCCCGCUAAGAACGGCCCCUUGUGAUGAUCUGGUUGCUCAUUCGGCGCCUGCCGAAGUGUCAAAGCGGGCGUAG